AAUGAACCAGCCGGUAUUGUGGAAUGUGGAGAGCGUGCCGUGUAACCCUGACCCAUGCUCGGAUCUCACUUAGUCCCGGGUCACUCCCUCAUAGUGCACAGCCUCCCUCUAAUAGUGUCCCACAUUGUUGCGACCUGUUGAGCUACUUGAACCUCCCCCACUGGGUUGGUGGGGACUUGGCCAGCAGUUCCGGUAUUGCAAAGAGACUACAGACGAUAAUGAAACAGGUGGGAGUGAGAGAAUGCUCUCCCUCUCGUGCUAUUGUCAGAUCAACUGUUCGCAGCACGUGCAGUGAGCCGCGCAGUCACGGGGCUGUCACGCGCGUCGUUGUCACGUGACUUCGCCCACGUGUCAGUCUAAAUGAAGUGACAAGUGCCGGAACAAAGCCGGGUAUUGUACAAGAAGUUGCUACUUGAGAUUUGAGCGAGAGAGCAGUCCAAACUAGUCCAUACUACACUUUGUUUCCCACAACUCGAGAGUCGAAGUGAUAUUGUCGGAGGGUUUGCCCAACGGAAAUGAUGAAGAUUGGUAUUUUUAUUAUAAUUGGUAACUACGUUGCUUUGGUUACUCUACUCGCGUUACCAGUCCACGCCAAGUCCAUACGAUCUGUAGAAGUGGAAGCCCCGAUGUGCAGGCGACAUGGUAAUCACCUCUUAGAAUUCCUCAACAAACCCCACCAGAUGAUCGUUACUGGAAUUGACUCUAAAUUCCAUGCAUUCGCCGAGAAAUAUAUCAAACAAGACCCUUCAUUGAAGAGCAAAGACUUCUGGCUCUUCGAAGAGACCGACAGUGUAAACGAAGCCAGAUUAAAGAGACGAUUGGAUAGCGACGACAACUCUCAAACGAAAAUGUUGAAUAGUAAAUUUCACAACUACAGACUGUGCAAGAGCGACCCUGUGGUUGAGCGAAGAUUCGACAAGUUCCCAUUUAUCAAGAUCAGCUGGACUUGCAAGAAGAACACUCGACUAGUCAAAAAUCUUGAUUUCGAGUGUAUACCCGUCCAAGAGGAACGGCCCAUUCUGAAAAUCUCACACGGUUGCCUGACCUUCAACACGGCUGCUGACGAAAGCUGGGAACACAGCACCGAACUGGUUAACACCGGAUGCCAGGCUAUCCUAAAGCUUAAAGAAGUCCGGCCCUGAUGAUGCAGAACUGCUCGUAUAUUUUUGCGGGUUUCGUGUUAUUUUGCGGUGUAUCGCAUGGUAAAACCCGCGGCUGUAUAUUUUCGGGGACAGAUCUUUUUUCGGGUACGGACUGAUAUUUUAACCUUGGCAUGGGCUGGUUGACUCGCCUGGUGCGGAGAUGUACGGCUUUCAAAGUCUUCUCCUUUAAACGUACGGGAUGGUGAAAUUUUACCGCUUUCUGUCCCAAAGAAGCGGUAAAAUGGGUCACCUUGUCUUUCACUUGAAGGGUAAACCUUCACCUAGUGGUAAAAGUUUACUUCUUCUCACAACAGUUCAAAAACUUGAUUGACACCCAGUUUAUGGGGGAGCCUUUGGGGGCCGGCAAAGUUAUUACAUGCUUUUCAGUUUUUGAGUUAUAUUUGUUAUUUAUUUUAUUUAAUCCGGUUUAAUCGUAUACAGUAUUGUGUCAGAAUUCCCGCCAGAGUUCCUGAUUUUAUGUAUAAUAAUUAAUUAAUUAUAAUUAGUUAAUUAAUUAUGACAAGGGACAGUAUCCCCCCCUGUGAGUGAGUGUGUGAGCGUUAACGUGUGUGAUCUUUUGUUUGAGAUUUUUUCUUUUUCACGUUGUCACGUUUCCUCGAAUUCCCAACAAUGCCGCUACAGUCGAUACAAUCCUCGUGAUCCUGUCUGUGUAAAAAGGGAGGAAACGUGGCCCGUGAGUGUGAAAGGUAUUGAUUAAUUAAUUAAUUAAUUAAUAAGUGAGAGCGAAAGGUAUUUUCUGGUUCCGUGGUAAUGAUUUUGCCUUCGUUUCAUGGACGUUCCGCGACCGAUUGUAAUGUGGCUACUGGCAGCGAGGCGAUGCACGUGACCCAUGACACGUGACGCUGAUAUUGUAUCUGAUUGGUUACUUAGUUACAAAGCGGUUACUUAGUUACAAAGCGGUUACUUAGUUACAAAGCGGUUACGUGCCAGGAUCACAACAUCGCCUCCCAACCAGUAGCCACAUACUCUACCCUACCGAUAUGUGAAAGCUCCUGUUUGAUUAAGUUUGUUGUUAUUUCAUUAUUUUCUGAGAGUUCUUAGAGCCCCUGUAUCAGACAGACUUGGGAGAAGACUUGUACAUUUUGCUGCAGAUGAUGAUAUAUGCAGAUGAUAUACAGAUUUAUGCAGAUAGAUUUAUGCAGAAAUUACUGUUUUUAGACCUGUCUCAUUGUGUUUCGGGGUUAGAUUAUGAAGUUAGUGAUUUUAGUUAUAGCCUUAUUUGGAUCCGAUCUCUCUCGCAAAAGUGUUAAUCUUGGAUUUUCGAAACGGUUCCGUACUUGCAUGAAUUAUUUUGGGAACUUUUAAUUUUCUUGAAGGUACAUUUUGGCCCCUUUUCUCAAAACAAUUUCAACAUGAAAACCAUAGUUUUUUUGUGGGCUAAAAUGUAGCUUAGAACAGUAAUAGGUAUCCUUCUAACACUUGAUUUUCAGCAAAAAUACAUAGCAAAUAGAUUCUAAUUACUUCUUUCUAUCCUAGCAAACCAUUUUCAUCCUUUCGAAAAAUUUUUAUCUAACAGACAUUGGUUGAUUAAAUUAAAUAAUUUUAUUUAAUUUCUAGAUAUUGCAUUGUUUCCCUGUUAUAUUUUACCCUGUUAUAAUUUAUGAUUGCUAAGACUAUUUAUAUACUGUAAAUUUAUAAUAUGACUGCCCUCCACGUUGCUCAAA